AUGGACUUCUUGCCAUUGCCGCAGGACCCAACUUUCCCGACACCAGAGACUCCGUAUCUUUCAUCAGAAGAUUGGGAUUUCGGCCCCUUUUGCACGUUCCUAGACAGGAAAUGGCAAGCGUUGGGCCUAGCUGAGGCGCCUCUGCUACCCACGAACCACGCGCUAAUGACGCUACCUUUGCAGCGCGUUUUUGACACAAUACCCGCUGCAAGACUGCAGUCGUUUGUACAGACAUGGCUGUACUUUGGUCUGGUGGCUGAGUUUCUGGGCCUGAAUGAGCUUGAAGAUGGACAGCGUCUUGUUGACCUUGACCAGGCUCGGCAUGAAAUGUCUGUGCUGUAUCGUGAAUGCUCAAAAGACAGUGACCACGGAAAGCUUUUGACCAGUGUUUUUAUUCUCGAGAAUGCCGACAUCUUUGCCGAGAGGAGAGGAUUAGCAGGAGAGCUUGCGCCGCGCUUCCACUACUUGCAUCAAUGUCUUUUUCGAACCAUGCUUAUAGUCAACAAUAGUUCCAACCAGCUCGAGUACUCUGUCCGCUACUCCAUCGCUGGGCUGGGUGAGCUGUUCAUGACGAGUCAAUAUGCAGCGAGUUUUCUAGCGACACCGCGCAUCACGCUCCCAAGCGCUGCGUUCAACUGGUUCAGGGACUAUCUAAAGUCGGGUAAUGACGUGGAGAAGCAAAUGCUGAGCUUUGGCUGGUGUCCGAGCGGAAUUGAGAAGUUGCGCAAUCUUUUUCAAGGUGUCGCAUCUCUUCACUUCGUCACGAGGCUGCGGCCGCGUACGAGACCGAGCGAUCAUACCAAUUGCACCAACUAUGCGUGUCGGGCCUUUCAGAUUGACAUCUCACAGUACAAACCCCGCCACGUUGUUGAUGGCUGUCAAUGCGACGACGUGCAUGUGGGCGAGGCCGAAGUGACUCGGAUACUCAAAAACUCUGAUUCUUACCCAAUGCUGAAGAUUGAGCCUGGCGCGACUGAGGCAGAGCCCGCGCGCAUCACGCUUGAGACGUAUGAAGCGGACAUGAACUAUGUCGCAUUAUCCCACGUCUGGGCAGAUGGCCUGGGAAAUCCACACAGCAACACACUACCCAACUGCCAGAUUGUCAGGACUGCCAACUAUGUCGCGAACCUCAAUCAAGCUUACAACAACAGUAACAACCCACGGUCCGAAUACCGCGUCUGGGUCGACACAAUUUGCUGUCCUGUUGAGCUCGAGGGAAAGGCCGUGGCCCUUGAGCGAAUUGCAGAUGUCUACAGAAACGCAGCACAUGUUCUCCUUCUCGAUUCAUCGCUGACAUGCCUUAAUACCGAGACGUGCAGUCUCGCAGAAAGGUUACUAAGGACCUUUAGCUGUUCUGCCUGGAUGCGGCGUCUCUGGACCCUCCAAGAAGCUGUACUCCCCAAGAACCUCUGCGUUCAGUUUCAAGACAAGGCAGUCUCGGUUUCAGCCCUGAUGCAGGACUUGUACCUGCAAGGUAUGAAGGACAUGCGAUUCCUCCGAAUCUGGCAUGACCUCCUGAACGAAGUCAAUGUUAUUCGAAACUUUGAAGAUACCAGCCGCAGCUUAGAGCAUGUCUACUAUAAGCCGCAGCUAAUCACGCUGCAAAGAUCGAUUCAUUUCCGAACAGUAUCGGUUCCAUCUGAUGAGCCUCUAUGUAUAGCUGUUCUGAUGGGCUUGCAGAUUGAUGGGUUGACAUUCAUGAAGGACGGCGAACAACGCAUGGCUGCCGUCUGGGCUGCAUUAGCCGAGACUCUUGGUGGACUCUCUACGUCGCUGGUAUUUCAUCUUGAAGAGACCUUGUCCAUGAAGGGCUGGCGAUGGGCGCCAAAGAGCCUUCUCGGAAGCUUGGGAGAGGAUUCCACCCUGGGAAUGGAUGAGCGAUCGCUUCGCUUCGGCGUUCCAUUGCCCGUUACUACCCUAUCAUUGGGCAUGCCAACGCCAAAGGGGCUUCGCAUGAGGGCUCAUGGCGGCUUUAUGACGGUUACUCCAUUACGUGAAAACUUUGACUUGCACCCGUGGAAAGGGGUCACGAAAAGAGUGAUUGAAAAUCAUGUGCUCAUCCAUCGCGAAUUGACUGGAGAAUGGUAUCGCAUUGCAGACUGGCAUCGCAGUCGAAAGCUGGGAUCAUGGUCUGAUGAAGAAGAAAAGGCGUACAGUGAAAAGCACCCGUCCCCGUUGUUUGACUGCAUCCGAUCCAAUACCGCUGCCCUCAUCUUCCAGGACUUUGAAACACAGGCCGAGGCCAUGGUUGCCAUUCUGGGCAAGGUGCACGAGUGUCUGGAUGACGACGAGGAGCAAAAAGCGAUGCUUUUCGAGCGCGAGCGCACCGUCAUGUGCUGGCGCUUGGGGACAAAGGAAGUAGCUCUGCUGAACAAGGUGAUUGCCAUUUCCAACAGGCUUGCGGACGACCAAGUCACUGCAAGUUUGGUAGCGUGUGGCAAUGAGGCCAGUCCGCAGCGAGACGAGUGCCUGGCAAAAGUCAAAAAGUGGUUGGAGACGACGGUGGACCGGGAAUGGAAAGAAGAUGCUGAAUUUGCGCAACUUGUGGAGGAUACCAUGGGACAAGACAUGGAAGGGUCGGUUUGGCCGCUCAUCUUGGUCGACUAUUCCAAUCUCGUUUCCAUGAAGGAUUCUGCAGAGGACCAGCUCUGGUUUGUUGACUAG